CAUAAACAAACUAUAGGCCAUUGAUGCAAUGAACAAUCGCACAAAAAACAAUAACAGCGUUUUUUCUCACAUGACUUUUCUUUACACUGCUGCUUUUACCUGUUGGCUAAUUUAAACCUAUCUUCUCGAGAUAUCAUCGUGGCCAUAUUAUGACUUCUGCAUUGUUGAUGGGAAUUGACAAAAUUCCGGACCAAACUGGUUAUUUUGUUUUAAAUCAUGAAGGUGCAGUGCUGUCGUCAGCUGGUGAUCUGGAGAAUGAUGAACAAACUGCAAAUGACAUAACAGAUGUGGUCAGAUAUGCUUUGAGGAUAUCGCUAUCAAAUGAUGGUGAAGAAAAGUUUAAACGAAUCACUUUGUCAUACAAGACGUUCGUUCUACUUAUAACUAUUAGCAAUCAAAAAAUAUUUGUCGUUAAAAGACCGCUGAACUCUGAAAGUUAAAGAGUUGAACUCAUUAUUGUCACCAUCACACUCGUAAAAGAGGAGUGACCAUUCGCGUUUUUUAUAACUUUUUGUUGCAGUUAAAUUAUAAUAUUUUUAAAAGAAAGGAGAAGAUAACUUCAUCUAUUGUUUGUUUUUCGUUUAGCACUUAUGAAGAAUAGGUCUGACA